UCUUCAGGAACCAGUAUCACUGUGGACAUUGCUGUGAUGGGCGAGGCUCACGGCCUCAUUACCGACCUCCUGGCAGACCCUUCUCUGCCCCCCAAUGUGUGCACAUCCUUGCGGGCCGUGAGCAACCUGCUCAGCACCCAGCUCACCUUCCAGGCCAUUCACAAGCCCCGAGUGAAUCCUGUCGUUUCCUUCAGUGAAAACUAUACCUGUUCUGAUUCUGAAGAAAGCUCCGAAAAAGACAAGCUGGCUAUUCCCAAGCGACUGAGAAGGAGCUUGCCCCCCGGUUUGUUGAGACGAGUUUCGUCGACUUGGACAACCACCACCUCAGCCACAGGUCUACCCACUUUGGAGCCGGCCCCAGUACGGCGGGAUCGCAGCGCCAGCAUCAAACUGCAUGAAGCACCUUUACCAAGUGCUGGUAGUUCUGAUUCUUGGAAUAACCCUGCGAUGAUGACCCUCACCAAAAGCAGAUCCUUCAGUUCGUCCUAUGCCGUUUCUGCAGCUAACUAUGUAAAGGCUAAAAAGCCAAGUCGCCCAGGUGCCCUCGCUAAAAUUUCACCUCUUUCAUCGCCCUGUUCCUCACCUCUCCAAGGGACUCCGGCCAGCAGUCCAGUCAGCAAAAUUCCUACAGUUCAGUUUCUAGAAUCUGCCGACACAACUGCCAAACCGGGCCUAGGUUCGCACAGGGCCUUAACUUACACUCAGAGUGCCCCUGACCUGUCUCCUCAGAUACUGACGCCACCUGUCAUAUGUAGCGGCUGUGGCAGGCCAUAUUCCCAAGGCAAUCCUGCUGACGGGCCCCUGGAGAGCAGUGGUACAGCCAUUCGGACACCAAGCAGAACGGAUGACACUGCUCAAGUUACCUCUGAUUAUGAAACUAAUAACAACAGUGAUAGCAGUGAUAUUGUACAGAAUGAAGAUGAAACCGAGUGCCCAGCAGAGCCGCUGAGGAAAGCUUCAGCUUGUAGCACCUAUGCGCCUGAGACCAUGAUGUUCCUGGACAAACCAAUUCUUGCUCCUGAACCUCUUGUCAUGGAUAACUUGGACUCAAUUAUGGAGCAACUAAAUACUUGGAAUUUUCCAAUUUUUGAUUUGGUGGAAAAAAUAGGAAGAAAAUGUGGCCGUAUUCUUAGUCAAGUAUCAUACAGACUGUUUGAAGACAUGGGCCUCUUUGAAGCUUUCAAAAUUCCAGUUAGGGAAUUUAUGAAUUACUUUCAUGCUUUGGAGAUUGGAUACAGGGAAAUUCCUUAUCAUAACAGAAUCCAUGCUACUGACGUCUUACAUGCUGUUUGGUAUCUUACUACACAACCUAUUCCUGGCCUCUCAACUGUGAUUAAUGAUCAUGGAUCAGCAAGUGAUUCAGAUUCUGACAGUGGAUUUACACAUGGACACAUGGGAUAUGUAUUCUCAAAAAUGUACAAUGUGCCAGACGAUAAAUAUGGAUGUCUGUCUGGAAAUAUUCCUGCCUUAGAGUUGAUGGCACUGUAUGUGGCUGCAGCCAUGCAUGACUAUGACCACCCAGGAAGGACUAACGCAUUCCUGGUUGCAACUAGUGCUCCUCAGGCGGUGCUCUACAAUGAUCGCUCAGUUCUGGAGAAUCAUCACGCAGCUGCCGCAUGGAACCUUUUCAUGUCCCGGCCAGAGUACAACUUCUUAGUUAACCUUGACCAUGUGGAAUUUAAGCAUUUCCGUUUCCUUGUCAUUGAAGCAAUUUUGGCCACUGACUUGAAGAAACACUUUGACUUUGUAGCCAAAUUUAAUGCCAAGGUAAACGAUGAGGUUGGAAUAGAUUGGACCAAUGAAAAUGAUCGUCUACUAGUUUGUCAAAUGUGUAUAAAGCUGGCUGAUAUCAAUGGGCCAGCUAAAUGUAAAGAGCUCCAUCUUCAGUGGACAGAGGGUAUUGUCAGUGAAUUUUAUGAACAGGGUGACGAAGAGGCCAGCCUUGGGUUACCAAUAAGCCCCUUCAUGGACCGUUCUGCUCCCCAGCUGGCCAACCUUCAGGAAUCCUUCAUCUCUCACAUUGUGGGUCCUCUGUGCAACUCCUAUGACUCAGCUGGACUGAUGCCAGGGAAAUGGGUGGAAGGCAGUGAUGAGUCAGGAGAUACCGAUGACCCAGAAGAAGAGGAGGAGGAAGAAGAAGCACCAAAUGAAGAGGAAACCUAUGAAAAUAAUGAAUCUCCAAGAAAGAAAACUUUCAAAAGGAGGAAAAUCUGCUGCCAAAUAACUCAGCACCUCGUGCAGAACCACACGAUGUGGAAGAAAGUCAUUGAAGAGGAGCAGCGGUUGGCGGGAAUCGAAAGCCAGUCCCCGGGCCAGUCUCCCCAACAGCACUCCUCAGAACACAUCCAGGCCAUCAGGGAAGAAGAAGAAGAAAAGGGGAAGCCGAGAGAAGAGGAGACCCUAACCCCACAGCCAAACCAGUGACAGUGGAUAGAAUGAGCUCUGCCUCGAAACCCAGUGACUUGUCACAGACUCUUUCCAAGCCAGCACAACACUUAGACACAACACUGUAGAAAUACGAGAAGAUGAGCAAAUGGCCAUUGCAUUUGGGGAGUCUUCGCAUUGUAUGUGUUUAUUUUUACAGUGAGGUACAUGGUUAAAAACUCUUGCUCAGAGAAGCUUUCACGUUGCAACACCAGCUUCUAAAGAUUUUUUUUUUAAAGGAAGAAAUAUAUAUGUGUGUGUGUAUAUAAGCUCUCACAUAGAUACAUGUAAAAUAUAUUCACACACACACAACACACAUACACACUGAAAGCCAGAAGUACUGGCUCCACGUUUUAGUAACAUUCAUAUUAAGAUAUAUAGUGGUCACUGUGAUAUAAUAAAUCGUAAAAAGAAAAAAUAAAGGAAAACGAAGGAAAUGGUGAGGCUUAGCAGGGAACAGGGCAGCCAAUGUAGGUUACAACUAAGAAGCUUUUGCUCUUAAGACUGAGGGAUGAACGUUCCAGAGAAUUAUUUGAAUUCUUGUACACCCUACCAACAUUGUGUGUGUGUGUGUGUGUGUGUGUGUGUGUGUGUGUGUGUGUGUGUGUGUGUGUUAGAGAGAGAGAGAACUGAUGGUGUGUUUGUGGGUAUGGAUGUUAAUGUGUCUGUAAAGAGAGAUUUUUGUGGUUAGUAAUUUAUAGAAUUCCACCAGCAGAUGACUCAACACAUGUGAACAAACGGAGGGAAGUUCACUCUGGAGUGUCUUUGAGAGGCAGCCAUUCCCAAUGCCUUCCUCCAUUUAGCUUCAAUAAAGGUCCCUCUGCAGAGGGAGGGGUGUUCACGGGCUGGGUGAGAGGGCCACGUGAUGGGUACUGCUGCUAAACACCGCUUGGAGGCUCUCCGUCACCAGCCUUAGACGUGGAAGACUGAGGCAUUUUCCAAUCUACUGGCCUAAUGCAUGUGUCGGGGCUGUUUGUCUGCGAGUAUGCCUGUCACUCACCUAAGAUCAAAUCACUAUUAAGGGGAUGGCAUUCUUUAUGCAUAAACACCUAGGAAUAAGCUAGAGUCCAGUCUUUUCAUCAGGUGAGAAUUCUAAAAGGUUUUCCAGAGAAGACCUGGGAAUUGCUCUUCACGGUGAUCCCCAUGUCUUAAUCUGCUACAAACUGUGCCUGGUAGAAAACAGAAAAAGAAAGGAAGGCAAACAGAAACCAUGUGAGAGAUGAAUGGGGAGACUUUCAAACUAGGGUUUGGUAUUGGUUGACACAGGGAAAGCCCGAUUCCCGGCAGCUGUUGAAGAUUGGCUUUUGGGUGGCAAAGGGCCCACGGACCCACCCUGUGGUGGUAUUCCACACGCUGUGUGAUGGGGUAGCUUCUAUCUGCAAUCUGGCCCAUUGUCAUGCUUCUUUUGGCAGGGAAGAGUAUGGAAGGGUUUGGGGGGACUGGGCCUAUUACUGAAAGUCUUUUUUUUUUUUUGGUUUAUUUGUUUAUCUACACUUGUUUAUGCUGUGAGCCAAACCUCUAUUUAAAAAGUUGAUACUCACUUUCAAUAUUUUAUUUCAUAUUAUUAUAUUUGUCAUGAAUAGUUAUCUUGAUGUAAAUAUAAAGAUUUUUUUGUUUCUGUAGAUAGUAAACUUUUUUUAAAAAACAAAAGGGAAAAUGAAACAUUUUUAUAAAGUUACAUUUUAAUCACCAUUUUUAUACAUUGAAGCUAUCUCCAAGCCCAGUAAGAGAGUGAUGAUUCAUUUGCAUGGAGGUCUUUGGACAGCCGCUCUUCUACCUACUCUAAUAUAAAUGAUCAUCUGAUACAGUUAUUUUGUGCCAAUUAAAUGAGGAUGCUGCAAGAAUGUUUUUUCACCAGUAACUUUUGCUAACUUUUGGGUAGCGUUUGGGUCCAUGACUCCCAAGGGAAAGACUUUUUAAACAACACCGAAUGCUUAUCAUUGGUGUCCAUUUCUUCCCAACACCUUUUGGGUGUAACUCUUCCUUCAGUACGAUAGACAGACCUGCUCGUCAUCUAAGCAAGCUCCUAAGUAAGUCUUGAUUGUGAUUUUUACUUUUUAUUUCCUCUGAAGUCAUAGAAAAGAGCGUUUACAUUAAACAUGCCUUUGUUUCUCAUAAAUGAUUAUCUUUCCCUUCCAAAGCAAUGAUUUUACAGUAAUUCACGACAUUUGUCAAACAAGGCAAAGAUAAUACAAUAAAAAAUAACAUGGUUUCAAGGCAGAUUUUCCAAUAAGUAUGAAAAUAUUGAAAGGAUGAAAUUAGUAUGAAAAUAUUGAAAGGAUGAAAUUGUUGCCGACUCUAAAUAAUGAGGAUAUUUGCUUUUUUUUUUUUUGUCUUCAUUAUUUAGGACUUACUGAGUUUUCCAUUUUCUUAGUAUUGCCUACGUGCCUUUAUGUUUGCAAAAGUUAUUUUGAGUCAGUACAUUUCCCCAAUGAACUUAACUAUUCUUCCCUUGCUAAUAAGAGAAAGAAAAAAGAAGGAUUUAGGCUCACAUACCGCUUAAGUCUAGUUCCUUCACCAAACUGAUCUUUUCCCCCUUCUCCAAAUGCCAUACUUUCUAAAAUAAAUAUAAGUCCAGGAAAGAUCUAGGUGUGGAGCAAGUAGAAUGGCAGGAGAACAGAUGUGAGUCUGUAACCUUAUAUGAGCAGCUUCGUCCAAGCGGCUUGACCCCAAGCAAAGGCCAGAGUACAGGCCUCAGUGAACGGCCUGUUUUGUUUGUUUUGUUUUAAAGCACAUGAAGGAAUGAUGGCCAAAGCAGUUGGAACCUCUUCAUUCCAGAGUUGUGUUUAUCAGUCUAAGCAGACUGAUCAUUUUCCUUCAAAAAUAAAUUAUCCAGAUAUUAAAGCAGGAAGUCAAUUGAAAUGAAGGAACAGAGACUCAUCAAGUAUGUGUCCCUUUCAUACACACCCAGUACAUCCCCAAGGAUGCCUAGGGACAUAGAAAGUCAUUUCUGCUCGCGAAGUUCUCCCCCCUCCUUGAUGACAGCAAUAUUAUUGUGUUCACUUCCAACUGCGGAGAUUCAUUCCUUGAAGUGUAUUUGUUGCAAUUUGUUACAUUUUUAUAGGAGUCUAUUUAUAGGUGCCAUUAGAUAAACUCAGGUCUUUCAAAUGAAGGAAUUUCUGGCCCAUUUAGGGGAAAAGAGAAUUGUAUAGGCAGCCAUGAAACCAAUGGUAGAAAAGGUUGGAACUAACGACCUUGAUGCUAGUGGUGGUUCUCCAUGGAGGAAAAGACCAGGUGUAAUACGAGUGAUAUUGAUGUCUUUCUAGCCAUCUAAGCCAACUUUUAAAAUAGUUUCUUUGGUGAAAACACCACUUUAAGGUGUUUUUCAAGUGUAAUUUUUUUCUCAUUUAUAUCACACCUGGUUUUGUUCUCAGCAGAAGAUGAAGACAGUAGCCCUGUACAGGGAUAUAUCUAUUGGUCUUCAUCUGACAAGAUAAUUUCUUCAUAUUAUGUUUAAGAAAAUAUCCACUUUAUAAAAACAGAAUAUCCAAUUUUGUCCAGUCCAUUUUGAUGGAAUUCAGAACAAGUUCCAAUCACUGCAAUCCCAGUAAAACUGAAGAAAAGGGGUUGCAUGUCGUGUAGACUGUUCAUAUUACAUGUAUGUAUUGCGAUUUCCUCGUGUCCCCUGCCUCUCUUGGUUCACGAUUUCCUGAUGUCCCUGUCACUUUCCCAGAGAACUUUCCUUGAAGGUAAAAGCUGUGCAAAAGGCAUGAGUCUCAGGCCUAUACUUUGUUUAAAUGAUGGAAAAACAUAAAUUAUUUUCUAAGUAAUAAAGAUAUGAAAAUUAUCAUUGUAAAUAAAGUUUAAAGUUUGAAAUAACUGCUUUACAAAUGUGAACUAUUUGUGUGAUGGACAAUUUUUGCCUAAUGAGAAGCGAAUAAUCAAAAAAUUAUUAUCUAUUCUACGUUGGAAGGUCUUUUUGGUGCUUCUGUGUCAGUAUGGGGAUCUCUACUGUCCUCAUUUUCAAUAUUUCUAAAAUAAUAAUGAAAACCACAAUAAGAGUCUUAUCAUCCUUUUCUUCUAACCUAACCCUGAUUUCUACUUAAUGCCUUAUCUAGUUUAUAUGCCAUUUUAGAAAUAAACUGCCUUUUAAACUGUCAUAAGACUCAAGUACAACAGAGUUCUGCAAACUUUCAUAGUCUAGAGUAAAUCAAGAUAUUCCUUAUUCUAGAGAUUAUCAGUAAUGCUUACGGGGGGAAAUAAAUCAAAUUUUAAGUGCUAGUAGCUGAACUCUGUAUAAUUGAUAGCUAAAGUAUCUACAUACUUUGAACCAAAUUGGGUUUCUUUCAUUCACCUUCUCUCCUAACAAGCAGCAAAAUACUUUAUGCCCAUUGUUCUAGUUCAUUCAUUUCUCUCAUGAUUUUUUUCGCGAGGUAAAACUGUGAACUUGCUGAUAUUGUCCGUUCAUUUUUCUUAGUUGUUCAACAAAAUGAAAACCUUAAUGUAGGAGACAGAUUAGCCAUGUUAUGUAAAAGGCAUUCCAAAACUAAAUUACUCUUAGAAUUUCUAAUCAGAGGGAAAUAAUACCAGUCCUAUAUUCAUACCAGUUUGUUCCUCUAGAAAACAUUCAAAUUCCUAUUGAAAAUUUGGGGGUGAAUUACUUAAACUAUAAGCACUGAGUAAAUGAAGCUACAAACCAUGCAUUAGCUAAAGAACUUAAAUUGAGUUUCCAUAAGCAUGUGUAUGUUUCGUACUAGAGAACCAUAGAGAAGAACACAAACAUGUUUUUCAGUCUGUGUUAUGCACCUUGGAUUUUAGGCAAUUUCAUUUGCCAAAAUGAUGCUGCUUUUUUCUAACUUAAGGGUUCUUUCACCUUACCUAAACUUAUCUUUAUGUUCAGACUAUCAAGUCAUUCGAACAGCAGGUGACAAAAAUAAUAACUGGGCAUUUUGUUGCUAAACAUGUUUGAAGAUACAAACUGAAGAUUAAGGAUUUGUUUUAUUGUUGGAACUCAGUGUUAAUUUGCUUUAAAAAUACUGAUUCAAUAUAAAUUACUUGAAUACAGGGAAGACUAUAAACUAUAUAAAAUGAUAUAUCGAUGGAAAACAAAAUUAGUUUUUAACAUAUGCCUAACGUUCUAAAAAGAAUCCAAGUUCUCCAUAUUAUACUUUUAAGGUAAAGUACCUUGACAGGUGUGGGUAUCUGUGGAUUUCUGCUUCACUGAGGAGCUGUGGAACACAGAAGAAAAGUCAAGCCUUCUUAUUGAUAAGAAAUACUGAACAUGUCCAUGUUCAGAUAGAUUUCCUCAUGGUUUCAUAUCAAGAAAUCAUUUUUAAUCAUGCAAAUAAUGCAAUAAAAAAUGCUUCACAGAUAGUAAUAUUUAAUCACCAAAUGUACUUUCAAGAAUCUUUACAUUUGAUUUAUUUUUAACCAAAGCUGUUCAUUUGUUAUUCAACUUAAAUGAAACCCACAAAAUGACAUUCCAUGAUAUAGAGAUGCUAAAUAUAUUGAUAUAAUCAGAACUAGUAUUAUAUAACAGGAAACUGUAAAGAUGAAUAUUUAUUUUUUUUCUAAUGUCCUUUAACUCAGGGAGAAAAAUUUUUUAUGAAGAGUCUAAUAAAUGCAUGUGAUAGAGAAAUUUACUCCCAAUGAUUUAAUUAGAUUAAGUGUACAAAUUAUACUCAGAGUUCUGAGUUACCUUAAGAAAAAAGGAUGUAUUAUCCAGCUACUUAAUCAUGUUUUAGCUUAUUUUAAGAUAAAUGGUAUAUCGGUAGAGGUUAUAUUUUACUAAAUUAUAAUGCAAUUUAAAACCUAAAUACUUAUCUUCAUUACCAAGAAAAGUUAAAUCUUAUUAAUCUUGACUUCCACAGAUGAAACACUGACCAGUCAAUAAACCACACUCACUGCAUUCAUCUGCCAAGAGUGAUCAAAUGGUCGCUUGGAAUUUGAAAUUUAUAAAUAGAAAAGAACUUAAAAAUAUUUGUAAAGCUUUAAUGUUUUAACUAAAUUUUUGGUGUCAGUAGAAAUACCUAUUUCCAAUGAAACAGAAACUACAGCAGGGAAUCAGGGAAUUCGUGUCUUCUAAAAAAAAAAUAAAGUCAAAGGCAUAGG